CCCCCAAGCCCUCUAAUUCCUUUCACCCCCUCAUUGCCACCCCCACCUCCCCUACCAGCUGUUGCUAGCUGUCUCUAGUCCCUCCCAUGUGACCCCUCCGAAGGCCUAUGGUCCUUAGAAAAGUCACCACAAUUCAUGAUAAAAGAGAUCAGAGAUAUGUAUCAGCAACAAAUGCUGCUUGCUUGGAUUUGUCAAUGAACACGUUGUUGUCGUUGUUGCCCAUGUUAUGUUCUGGUUCUCAACACCUUCAACUUCUCCCAAGUGUUCUCCGGAUUCUAAGAUUUCGAUAAAGGUUAUGGUUUUGUGUUUUGCUGGGUCAGCUUGUUGCUCUUAAUUAACUUGAUUUCCCCUAUCAUAUAUAGCCCGCUUUUUUCGCUGUCUGUUUUUGGUGUUUUGGUUCGUCUUGAAUCUCUCUCUCUCUCUCUCUCAAAAUUGCACAUAUACUUCGCUAUCUGUUUUAUUACUUUGUUUGGUGUUAUAUGGCACAAUUACCACCCAAGAUACCAAGCAUGGCUCAAAAUUGGCAUUCUUCUUCUCACCAAAGAAUGCCCAUUUCCACCGCAAAUUUCGUUCCCACCAGCAAUAAUACUUCCACUUCCACGGCCACCGCCACCGCCCAACAACAACAUCCCUCUUGGGUGGAUGAGUUCCUCGACUUCUCAUCCUCCCGGAGAGGUGCCCACCGCCGCUCCAUGAGCGACUCCAUAGCCUUCCUCGAGGUGCCAUUCAUCGAGGAAUGCCGGAAUAUUAAUCCUACCAACCGCACCUCACUGAUUCAUGGCGCCAGCGGCUUCGACCGAUUGGACGACGAGCAGCUCAUGUCAAUGUUCUCCGACGACAUCUCCGUCACGCUGCCGCCCACUGUGUCGUCCUCCAACGCCUCCACGCCGUCCGACCACAACAGCAUUGACGACGAGAACAAGCCAAUAAUGCCGCUGGACCAACAGCUCAAAAGUGAACCGGGCGAGGUAGAAAGCUCAUGCAAACCCGAGCAACAGGCGCCACUAACCUCUGCCAUCCCCACCGGAGACUCCGUCGUCGAUCCUAAGAGGGUCAAAAGAAUCUUGGCAAACCGGCAAUCAGCGCAGAGGUCAAGAGUGAGGAAACUACAGUAUAUUUCGGAGCUUGAACGGAGCGUGACAACAUUACAGACGGAAGUAUCAGCAUUGUCACCAAGGGUUGCAUUCUUGGACCACCAAAGGUUGAUACUUAAUGUUGAUAACAGCGCUCUCAAGCAACGGAUUGCUGCUUUGGCUCAAGAUAAGAUUUUCAAAGAUGCUCAUCAAGAGGCAUUAAAGAAGGAAAUAGAGAGAUUAAGGCAAAUCUAUCACCAACAGAACCUAAAGAAGAUGAUGAGCAGCCCAGGCAAUCAAAAUGCAGCAGGAGCAGCACAGCAGCCCCCAAGUUCUGAUACCUUGGGAUGUACGGCCAAUUAGGAGGCCGUGGGUGGGCGCAUGCAUUCUGCUAACCUGGGUUUUCACGUGAUGUGUUCCCACUUGUUCGCUGACAUGGGGCCCCUCCAACCAAGCUUUUUUUUGGGUGGGAUUUUAGAGGCCAGAUUGGUGUUGACACGUUGACUGCUUAGAUUGGGUGGUGAAAACAUCUUGUUUUUCUUUUCCAAUUUAUUUGGGGAUUUGGGGGUUGGAGACUGGAGUUGGGUUAUUUAUUUAUUUGUUUAUUGCUGUUUUCGUGAUUACAUUUUUUCUUUUCUUAUUUCUAACUUUUUACUUGUUUUUUUUUUUUUUUUGGGAGGAGGGGGAGGAGGAGGAGGGUGGCAAAUGAUGGUGUGUUUUUGUUUGGUGGGGUUGCAUUGGGAUACAAGAAAGAUGUCAGGGCUGAGGGGUUGUUAAUGCCUGUUUGUUGUAUCUUUUUCUGUGAUUUUCUAUCCCAUUUGGCCUAAUAAUGUGCUAAGACUUUUGUUUAUUUAUUUAGUUUUUUUUUUCCUGUAAGAAUGUAAAUAUAUUGACUUUUGAGAAAGAUUUUGGGAUUAAGCUAAAGAAUCCCAAUGGAUUCGUUUCGUUGCUUCCA